UUGUUUUUCUGUUGGUUUCUCUAGCUCUUCUAAUCAAUGGAGAAAGUGGGGAAGAUGUGGAACAACUUGAAACACAGGUGCCAGGCUCUGUUCAACCAUGAAGGAGGAAGCCGAAGUGAGAGUGUGGACAUGAGCUCCAGCAGGUGUCUGUCUGUCAGAGAGAAAAGCACUGGUCUGGGAGAGUCCGCCCCCCAGCAGCAGAGCAGUCCCUUAAGAGAAAACGUGGCCUUACAGCUGGGACUCAGCCCUUCAAAAACGUUUUCAAGACGAAACCAAAACUGUGCUGCGGAGAUCCCUCAGGUUGUUGAAAUCAGCAUCGAGAAAGACAGUGACUCGUGUACCACCCCAGGAACAAGGCUUGCACGAAGGGACUCCUACUCUCGACAUGCCCCAUGGGGAGGAAAGAAGAAACAUUCCUGUUCCACGAAGACCCAGAGUUCGUUGGAUACUGAGAAAAAGUUUGGUAGAACUCGAAGUGGCCUUGAGAGGCGAGAGCGGCGCUAUGGAGUCAGCUCAGUACACGACAUGGACAGCGUAUCGGGCAGGGCUGUGGGGAGCCGCUCUCUGAGGCAGAGGCUCCAGGACACUGUGGGGUUGUGUUUCCCCAUGAGAACUUACAGCAAGCAGUCAAAGCCUCUCUUUUCCAAUAAAAGAAAAAUCCAUCUUUCUGAAUUAAUGCUGGAGAAAUGCCCUUUUCCUGCUGGCUCAGAUUUAGCACAAAAGUGGCAUUUGAUUAAACAGCAUACAGCUCCUGUGAGCCCACAUUCAACCUUUUUCGAUACAUUUGAUCCCUCGCUGGUGUCUACAGAAGAUGAAGAAGAUAGGCUCCGAGAGAGAAGGCGGCUUAGUAUCGAGGAAGGGGUGGACCCCCCUCCCAAUGCACAAAUACACACAUUUGAAGCGACUGCACAGGUCAAUCCAUUGUACAAACUGGGACCAAAGUUAGCCCCUGGGAUGACAGAAAUAAGUGGAGACAGUUCUGCAGUUCCACAAACAAAUUGUGACUCAGAAGAAGACUCAACCACCCUGUGUCUGCAGUCACGGAGGCAGAAGCAGCGCCAGGUGUCUGGGGACAGCCACUCUCACGUUAGCAGGCAGGGAGCUUGGAAAGUUCAUACGCAGAUCGAUUACAUACACUGCCUUGUGCCAGAUUUGCUUCAGAUCACAGGGAAUCCCUGUUACUGGGGUGUGAUGGACCGAUAUGAAGCAGAAGCCCUUCUGGAAGGGAAACCUGAAGGCACAUUUUUGCUCAGGGACUCUGCGCAGGAGGACUACCUCUUCUCCGUGAGCUUCCGACGCUAUAACAGAUCCCUGCACGCUAGAAUCGAACAGUGGAACCACAACUUCAGCUUUGAUGCCCACGACCCUUGCGUGUUUCACUCCUCCACUGUCACUGGGCUCCUGGAACAUUAUAAAGACCCUAGCUCUUGCAUGUUUUUUGAACCCUUGCUUACGAUAUCACUGAACAGGACUUUUCCUUUCAGCCUGCAGUAUAUCUGCCGUGCGGUGAUCUGCAGGUGCACCACGUAUGAUGGGAUUGGUGGGCUCCCUCUGCCGUCAGUGUUACAGGACUUUUUAAAAGAAUAUCACUAUAAACAGAAAGUUAGGGUUCGCUGGUUAGAGCGAGAACCGGUCAAGGCAAAGUAACCCCUGUCCCCAAAGGGCAUUACCUAGGUCUGCUCUUGUGUGUAUCAGACAGUACAGCCAUAGGAAGCACAGAGUUGGCCCCUAGGAUUGUUCACCCAGAAUGUGAGCUUAGUCAUUAGCCUCUAUCCAGUGGGAUCUUCUGUUACUCAGACAAAGGUGCCUAGGAACAACAGAUGGUUUGCAGGUGUCCAGGGCUGGGAAAACAGCUAGUUAGAAAGCAGCUUGGUUUUAAAUGGCUGUGAUGACUGAGUGAGGAAACUCUGGGGCAUUUGCUAUGGAGAAUUCUAUUUCUUAUUGAAGAACAAAUUAUUAAUAUUGGAUGGGUAUUUCAACAGUGUGACUAACGUUUGAAAUUAUUUUUUCUAAGAAUUUUUCUAUAACCUUCCAAAAGUAGUAAUGUUUGUAGUUAACUAUAAAUCAAGCUUUGAAAGUCCAAAACAAAUAAAGAAAAGACUGCCUUCCUUUUAGAGAAAAAAAAAAAUGCAGUUUCCUGGCCACAGGGCUUUGUGCAGUGUCAAUGUGGUUUAUGGCCAGUGUCCUUUUGUCUCAGAGAAAGAGACUCUCAAGUAAACUGAGGUCUCUAAGGUAGUUAGUUAGUUCUUCAGACUUCAGCCCUAAAGGUUAGUAGUAGUAGACUCUUGUUUCAGAGCCCUUGGUGUCCGUCUGGGCUGAGUGCUGUGGCUGCGGACAGGCAUACAGUUGGAGUUUCGAGUGGCAUUUUUUCUCAGCUGACACGUGCAGUCCGCAUAUUGUUUCAUCAGAAUUGGAUCUUUUCCUGUGCCCUUGAGUUUGUGAGCCCAGAGGGAACCGACACUAGAUGAUGCCCAGGCACAUCAGAUGAAAGUGACUCCGCUGGUUGCUCAUGUCGAGUCAUGUUAACCUGUAAUUAAUCAUUUGGAUGGCAGUUACUUAUCUCUUUGUUGUAAGCUCAUAGCUGCAUUACUUAAGUACAACUUAUAGCAUUUUAGUGCAGGUAAUUCUUCACAGAAAACCUAAAUUGCAGAUCUAAAAGGUACUGUACAACCACCAUGUCUGUAAAUAACGUUACUUGGCAACUUUUGGUCACUUAGAAUAGUACGUAAUACAACUUGAGUGAACGCUUCAGGAAGUAUUGUCAGAUUCUAGUGUUGCUUCUCCGUGUCAGACUGAGUUCUUGACUCCAUCCUAGAUAUUUGCACUACAGUAGCCAAGUCCAUUCUCGUUGUCUGUCACCGUGCUCUGUCCCUGCUGGUGAGCACUCCUGGGGUCCAUGCCAGCUGCUGCAGGGGCUAUUUUUUAUUCCUCUGGCUAUCACCAGGGCUACUGAAAAGAAACGCUAUAUUUGUAUGCAACACUAACCCUUUGACUGCUAACGUCUGUUUCUGCUUGCUGUGCCUUGUUCUGGCUGCUUUUUCGUGCUAAUAAAGUAUAUUUGGUGUCUGCCUUGUAUAUCUGCUGUUUUAUGCAUUUGCCACAGUUUCUCUUGUACAUGGAAUGGUUUGGGGUUUUUAAGCAUUACCUGACAACUUUCUAUAGCUAAUGCAGGUUCACCUGCAACCCAAUACUGACCUGUCAGAGUAAGCUAAAUCUAACCUAAUGCUCUCUAGCACUAACCAUCAUGUCCUGUGGGAGUGUCUGUAGUUAACAGUUUACGACAGAAAACUCAGAAGUGAAACCCUGGUGAUUUCUUUGUUGGUAGUAAAACUGGAGCUGGCAGUAACAUAGCAGAGGAACAUUAGAGCACCCAGCUGCAUCACAAACCCGUUACCGAAAGUCUGUGAACCAGGACACAGCACCACUUACCGGUUUGGGGACCAUUUUAAUUGAUGAUAAACGCCCAAAAUGUGGACCUUUAACCAAAGACUUGUCCAUUUUAAUGCAAAACGGGGAUGGAAGGAACUUAGAUUUUCUGUUAUUUGUAGUAUAAGUCCCUGAGGAACAUAUACCAAAGUGUUUGAGAACUUCAUCCAAACCUACUUUCAAAGCAUAAUGUGCAAUUAAGUUGUUCUGAUGUAAUUCUAUUGCAUAAUUGUUGGGUUUGUUUUCUUGAGCUUAUAAUGUACCUGGAAAGUAACCCUCUUGAGGAACAGAAGUCCAUACUGAGGACUGGAGGAGGACUGUUUGUGAGCAACUGAUGCUGUGAAGAGAACUUGAAACUCCGAGAAAGCACUUGAUGUUUUUAUAUGCUUGUAGCAAAUUGAUGUUCUCACUAUAGUUUUCUAGGAAAUAUUAAUCUUUUAUGUAUUUCAGAACUUUUCCUGUGUUGUUAUGCAAAUUGUUUAAGUGUGUAACUUGAGUUUGUGUAAGCAUGUGUACACUGUGCUAAAAGGCACUCUCGUUUCAGUUUGUGUACAAUAUAAAUAUGCAACUUUGGGGUUAAAUUUUUUUUGUUAAAAUAUUAGUAGCUUACGUUUAAAAAAAGAAGAAUCACCAGCAUGAAAGUGCAUCAAAGUCUCCUUUCACUGCGCAUUUUCUUGAGUCUCAUCGCAGCCUAUUCACUUUGUGUUUUUAUGAUCUGUGGGAGGCGAGUUUUAUUCCAAGCCAAGAAAUGCUUCAGAAGUUGCAGUACAUUUUUGCAUCAAGGGGGUGGACAUAAUUACAUUUCGGAGUUGCUUC